AUGAUUCAUUUGGUAUUGCAUUUGCAAGAAGAAGCAAUAUUGGGUGGUCCGAAUCGUAACACUAUUCUAAUUAACAGCGAACACCUACAAGAGAUUAAACAAAAAUACCCAGAUGGUGAUCAUGAUCGUUUGCAUAGGAAAAAUUUCCGUUCGUGGUUUCAUAAAAAGAUAUAUGACCUGCACAAGCUUGGGUCUUUGGAUAACGGUGAUGAACUGUUAGCUUUAGCAUCUGGGUCAGAUCAUUUGUCAACCUUUUACCAAGGUUGUAUAGUCAAUGGUGUUCGAUUUAUUGCACACGAUCGAGACAAAAAGCGCACCACACAGAAUAGUGGAGUGUCUGCUGCCGGAACAGAAGGUUUUAAUUUUUACGGCACGCUUGAAGAAGUGGUGAUACUUUCUUUCACUGGUGCAUAUUCAGUGGCAUUAUUUCGGUGCAAAUGGUUUAAUACAAAUCCAAGAAUGAAGAAAACAGUCAUUGAAAAUAAUGUCACCAGUAUAAACGUCAAUGGUGAAUGGUACAAAGAUGAGCCGUACAUACUUGCUACUCAAGCUAAGCAAGUUUUCUAUCUCGAUGAUUUACUUAGAGGUCGUGAUUGGAAAGUUGUAGAAGAUGUGAAUCAUCGACAGAUUUGGGACAUUAAGGACAAUUCUGAUGAGGUUAAUGAUGUUAUUGAUGUUGUACAUGAAACAAGUUCAUCAAAUUUUUUGUUGACUGUGGACCUCGGAGAGUUGAUUAUGCAAUCUGAUCAACCUGCUGCAUAUGUUGGAGCUGAUGAAGAUGGUGACGACGAAGCUGAUAUGUCAGAACAUGAGGACGUUGCAGAUGCAGAAGAUGAAUUGGUUGUUGAACUUUGUGAAGAUGAAAAUGUGUCUCCGAUUACUGAUGGAAAUGAUAGUGAUUACUCUGUUUAGUUUUUUUUCUAUUUGUGUAACAGAACUAUGUAUUUAAAUAUAAUGAAGUGUUUUUUUGUAAUUAUAAUAUAAGAUAUUUGAGCUUUGUGAAGAUGAAAAUGUAUCUCCGAUUACUGAUGGAAAUGAUAGUGAUUACUCUGUUUAGUUUUUU